AGAGGAAUGGUUGGAGAAAAUUGCUCCUCCUUGAAUGGAUUCAUUUUCUUGGGAAUUUCCAAUAACUCUGGGAUGAAAGUGAUCCUGUUCACCAUGUUUCUGGUUGUUUAUCUCACUAAUCUUUUGGGAAAUCUUGGAAUGAUCAUUUUAAUUAGAAUGGAUUCCCAAUUGCACACACCAAUGUACUUUUUCCCCAGCCACCUCUCUCUCUGUGACCUUUGUUAUUCCUCAGCAAUUGGGCCCAAGAUGCUGGUGGACUUAUUUGCCAAAAACGAAUCAAUCUCCUUCUCUGGUUGUGCUCUGCAAUUCUUCAUCUUCUGCACCUUUGCAGAUUCUGAGUGCGUAUUGUUGGCUGUGAUGGCCUUUGACAGGUACAAGGCCAUUAGCAGCCCCUUGGUCUACACAGUCAACAGGUCCAGCAGAGUGUGCUCCCUGCUCAUGGCUGGGGUUUAUCUGGUGGGAAUGACAGAUGCUUUGAUGCACACGACAUUAACAUUCCGCUUAUGUUUCUGUGGGUCAAAUGAGAUUAAUCAUUUCUUCUGUGAUUUACCACCACUUUUCCUCCUUUCCUGCUCUGAUACACAAGUCAAUCAGUUGGUAUUAUUCACCAUUUUUGGCGUCAUUGAACUGAGUACCAUUUCAGGAGUUCUUAUCUCUUAUUGUUAUAUUAUCCUGUCAGUCUUGAAGAUCCACUCAGCUGAGGGGAGGUUCAAAGCUUUCUCCACCUGCUCCUCCCACUUAACUGCUGUGGCCAUUUUCCAGGGGACUAUACUCUUUACGUAUUUCAGGCUGAGUUCUUUGUACUCCCUAGAUCAAGACAAAAUAACCUCAUUGUUUUACACCCUGGUGAUUCCCACGUUAAACCCUGUAAUUUAUAGCCUACGGAACAAGGAUGUGAAAGAGGCCCUAGAAAAAUUAAAAAAUAAAAGAUGA